AAUGACUGAGAAGAUGAUAGUUACCUUGGUUACCUGUUUUGUCAACCCAUACACUGUAGAAGGGAGAGAACAAGGUACUCUGGUGCAUGAAGAUAAAGCUCAAUAGUGAUGAGUGGAAAGGAUCUACAAACAUUCAUAACAAGCAUUAAAGCAGAAGAUGUUGAAAAACUGACAGUGCGAAUGAAAAAUGGUCUUGGCAGCUCAAAGUACAAGCCGGCAGAAUAUAAAAGACUACUAGCGAUUGUUGAUGCCAAACGCGAGGAGACUGAUCUAAUUGGACAAAAGGUUCACAAGACUCGCUGUGCAGCCAAGGCAACCAAGGAGAGCUCCAUAUUACGGCAGCACAGACAGGUGUGGAGCACAGAGUGCCUCAGGCUGCAAAAGGCUGAAGAGAAAGCUGAAAAUGACAUCCAUUAUUUUAUAAAGCAGAUCAAGCCAAACAAUAUAACGGACAGUGCCAUCUUUUCUCUUCAAGAAUAUGAGCUGUUUCUUGAGAGGGAAAUUGAGGCAUUCAGGAUAAACACUGUGCAGCCUGUUUAUCGACUCAGGGAUGACCUGGUCUUCAGACUGGGUGAAGUACAGCAUCAGCAGCUCUCUGCGCAUCCAUCAAACUGGGAACAAGUGAUACAACAGAUAAACUUUGUCAAAACACAACAAGAUGACAUUAUUGCAAAACUUGAUGCAGAGUAUCUGGACCAGGAGAGAGAGAUCGUAGGCCUUGGCCUGGAGAAAUAUCUCACUAGUACUUCAGAUUAUUUGGUGAACAUUCCAGAAGAGGUUUUGAAUUCAGACUGCCCUUAUCCAGAGCUGAAGGACUCACUGAUUGAAGCCUUUCACUCCCUAUCAGAGAGAUACCAGAGCAGGCUGCAAAGCCUCCAAGAACAACUGCAAAGGACAGACAGGUUCUGUGGCUGGUGUGAGCACGAUCAUGAACACUUUAAGUUCACAGUGUCUAGGUAUACUCAUGACAUACCCAACCACAGAGCCCUCUGCAUGGAUAUGCUGUUGAGAUUCUUUCCUGGGAAAAGUAGACAAGAGCUGCUGGAGCAUGAAUGUGUGUGGGACUUGCAGCGCUUCACCCAGGCGCAGCUAAGAGCAGUGCCCCAGCAGUGGCAGCGAGACCGUGAAGAACUCCUGGCCCGAGCCCAGGUCACACUGCAGGAGGCAAAACAUGCCCACCAGGAGGAGCUGGAGCUACACAGAGACCGCCAGAACCAGCAGGACAUUUGCUUGCAUCUCAGAGAAAAAUUGCAACAGUGGCGAGCCCAGCAGGAGGAGGUAGCAAAGCUUGAGGCAGCAAUAGCAGCCAGACAACAGGAGGAAGAAGAGGAGAGGUUAAAGAGGGAGCAAGAGAAGGACGCCUCCAUCAGGUUGCAGCAGAAAGAAAAAGUCAGACAGUUUUAUUUAAAGCAGCAGAAGAGGAGAGAAGUGCUGGAGCAGAGGGAUCAAGAGAGGCUUGCUAAUCUAAGAAGCGUCAUGGAAGAACAGGCAAAGCGAGAUAAGCAGAGGGUGCAGUUUCGGGCAGAUAUGCUACAACAGCGACGGCUGGAGAGAGAGGCGCGGGAGCUUGAGCGGCAGAGAGAAGAAGAAGAGAGACAGAAUCGUCUGGAAGCUCUUAGAAACCAGGUUGGGGUGGUGGCAGAGGCAGACCCAGAGAGGAUGAUGGCAGACACGGAGGCUUGGAAGUGUCGACACUUGAAUGUAAACGAGUUUGAGCUCCAAAAGCCUCUCUACAGUAUAAACACGUACACAGACACACAGAUUGUGUCUGAUCCAAGAGUGCGGGUUGAGCAGGCUCUGCGGGAGGCCGGUCUACACCAGAGUCAGUAUGCCAGAGAGGUUCUGUCUGUCAUCGAGCCCCCCAAACCACCUCGACGUGACACAAGGUCCAUACUUAAAUUCUGACCCAACUUUUGAUUAAGUCAUCUUAUGAAGUCCCACUCUUGUCCCAAUAUUAAACAGCAUAUGGCUUAUGAUGAAUUUGCUUCAUGUGUAAGAAUUUUUCAUGGUUUUUAAUUAAGAGUGCUUACAACAGCUGCAGUUCUUACAAAGUAGUUUUUUUUAACUACAGUAUUGUCCUCCAAAUGACAAUUACAAUUACUAACUUGUAGAUUUUAUACAUGAGAAAUACAUACAGUAUCUCUGAGUGCUGGCAAAUGCAUUCAGCAAAGAAAAAGACAAAUCAAUCUUUAGUCACGGACUGCAUUUUAGGGUGGGUCGUAUUUGCAUAAAAAAAUCUUGUGUUGCAGAAGCUACUAACAUCCUCAAAUAUUUGAUAGCGCAUUCACUAAAAUACACUGCUGGAAGUUCUAAUCUAAAAGAAAUUGCUGAAUAAUUUUCAUCUAAAAAAGCAUGUAAGAAGGUGUUUUUUAACCACUGUCACUGGUGUCUCUUUUUGUAGCAACAGAUAGUUAUUUCUCACUCUAAAAUGACUCGAGGCUCCUCAAAGAUCAGUUUUAGAACCACUUAUUGCUUGAAAAGCCAAAAAAAAAAAACAAGACAAUUCAAAGACUCCAAAUCUACAAAAAUGUCCAGACGUGAUAUUUUUAUUUCAAUUCAUUGAAGUGUGUUUCUUGGUCUUAAAAACAUGCCCUUAAAAUUCAAAGUAAUCUCCUUUCUUGCUGGACUGUAAUUCCAGCUUCGGCAGAGAUAAACAUGGAGAUCAAGAUACAGAACAUAUCAUUUUGAAGAUUUUACAAGUAUAUAUUUCUGGAUAAAUAUAGUAGAUAUAAUACAUACUUACACAUAUACUCUAUAAGCAUACAUGCAACACGCUUAAUAUUUUA